UUCGCCCUGUCGCCAUUACGAAGACCACGCCCCACUGACCAGGGACACUCUCCACGCAAGCUCAUUGAAAUCUCAAGCACCAAUAAAACACAGAACACAUUAAUCAGGGUAUCACUGAAGGUCUUCUUUCUGUCGAAACCUGCAGUGGUCCAUAAGAAAUUAUUUCACGGUAUUUAUAUUUUAUGAAAUACAUUUCAUACAGAUUUAUAAUGGUUUUUGGUUUUUUUUUUCGGGAAAAUUUACACUUCAACAUCAGGAAACAUCAAAGAACUGUACAGCAUCCAGCUUGACAUCAACCAUCCAGUAUCUUUACUGCGCAUGUGCGACUUAAAAAUAGAAGUUGAGUUCUCGGAUAUCAAGAAUCUGCUCAACUUCAGCAACCCUGAUGUCAUCAAAGCCUCCAUUUCUUCAGACGCUUGCAUCCUCAACAAUGGGGUCUUUGUCGCUGAUCUCAUUGCUUGGGAUCAACUGAACAUCUCUCAACAGCUUGAGUACUGGAUGACCCUCAACACCAGAUCACCUAUCUACCUUGAAGGUGAGGCAGGGGCAGGUUCACAGGCUCCCAUGAACAUGGUCUUCCACAACAGAAACAUUCCUCUUCCUCCAGAGUGGAACAUGCUGUCAAAAGCCUACAUGAGGAUCAACUUAAACUUGUCCCCUAAACUCAUUCACUGGAGCGGCCAGUGGAAGCCGUGGAUGUCCUGCCAGUAUUAUCUGUGGAACCAGUACAGCGUCCCGGACCCUUCUGGGAAAGUCAAGUCAUGCGAGUCAGAUCCUGCCAGCAGCUUAGCUUCCAAGUGUCUACAUCUUCCUGUCAUCAUCGUCAUAAAUUUCUUUACCCAAUUAAUUAUUAGUAAUAUAAUGUUUUAUAUAUUUUAAAAUAUAUUUUACACCCUUCUGAGCUCUAUAAGGGGAAACGUUUCUCUUUUUAAGCACAUCUAGAUUCAAGUUUAUCAGCUUCUUUGUAUUGAAUCUUACACCCUGGAUUUUGAUAAAGCAAAGAAAUCGGAGAGUGUGUGUGUGCGUGCGCACUACACAUAAAUGUUUUACUGACAUAUCAUUUAGCCCAUUUAACUGUUUAUUAAAUAAAAAAUAAAUUGAUAGACGACAU